AAGAGAAAAGUAAGAGACGGAGACAUGGAAAGGGACCCAGAGAAAGACAGAGGCAGACGCAGGAGGCGGGCAGUGGUCACUGUGGGAGCCACAGGCAGAGGACCUGGGAUGGCUCUGAGGCUUCUCAUCAGGACGCCGCUGCUCCUCAUGGGGCUGCUGAUGGCAGGCCUGGCCCAGGUGCCAGUCCCUGCCUCAGCCCCCCGAGGCUUCUGGGCUCUGCCUGAAAACUUGACGGUGGUGGAGGGAGCUGCUGCUGAGCUGUGGUGUGGGGUCAGCGCCCCUGGCAGCACAGUCCAGUGGGCCAAAGACGGGCUGCUCCUAGGCCCCGAUCCUAGGAUCCCCAGUUUCCCGCGGUAUCGCCUGCAAGGGGACCCUACGAAAGGUGAAUUCCACCUGCAUAUUGAAGCAUGUGACCUCAGCGAUGACGCAGGGUAUGAGUGCCAGGUCAGCCGCUCAGAAACAGGCCCUGAGCUCGUGUCGCCCAGAGUGAUCCUCUCCAUCCUGGUGCCCCCCAAGGUGCUUCAGCUGACCCCCGAGGCAGGGAGCACGGUCACGUGGGUAGCUGGGCAGGAGUACUUGGUCAGCUGUGUGUCUGGGGACGCAAAGCCAGCACCUGACAUCACCUUCCUCCUGAGUGGACAAACAAUUUCUGACAUCUCUGCUAAUGUGAAUGAGGGAUCCCAGGAGAAACUCUUCACCACAGAGGCCACAGCCAGGGUGACACCCCAGAGCUCAGAUAACGGGCAGUUACUGGUCUGUGAGGGGUCCAGCCCAGCUUUGGACACCCCUAUCAAGGCUUCAAUCACCAUGAAUGUUCUGUUCCCCCCAGGACCCCCUGUCAUUGAGUGGCCAGGCCUGGACGAGGGGCACGCGAGGGCAGGGCAGAACUUGGAGCUGCUGUGCAUGGCCCGAGGGGGGAAUCCGCUAGCCACACUGCAGUGGCUGAAGAACGGCCAGCCAGUGUCCACAGCAUGGGGCACAGAGCACGCUCAGGCAGUGGCCCGCAGCACGUUAGUGAUGAUCGUGCGGCCGGAAGACCAUGGGGCGAGGCUCAGCUGCGAGGCCUACAACAGCGUAUCUACAGGGAUCCAGGAACGCGGGGUCACGCUGCAGGUCACCUUUCCCCCCAGUGCCAUUACCAUCCUGGGAUCUGCAUCCCAGUCUGAGAACAAGAACGUGACACUCUCCUGCAUCACCAAGUCCAGUCGCCCGAGGGUCCUACUGCGAUGGUGGCUGGGCUGGCGGCAGCUGCUGCCCACAGAGGAGACGGUCAUGGAUGGCCUGCAUGGUGGCCACAUCUCCAUGUCUAACCUGACAUUCCUGGCGCGACGGGAGGACAAUGGUCUGACCCUCACGUGUGAGGCCUUUAGUGAGGCCUUCACCAAGGAGACCUUCAAGAAGUCACUCACCCUGAAUGUGAAAUAUCCUGCCCAGAAGCUAUGGAUUGAGGGCCCCCCAGAGGGGCAGCGUCUCCGGGCUGGGACCCGGGUGAGGCUGGUAUGUUUGGCCAUUGGAGGCAAUCCAGACCCUUCCCUCACCUGGUACAAGGACUCGCGCACAGUGACCGAACCGCGGCCGCCCCAGGAGCCACGGCGGGUGCAGCUGGGAAGUCUGGAGAAGUCCGGGAGCACCUUCUCCCGAGAGCUGGUACUGAUCACCGGUCCGUCGGACAACCAGGCCAAGUUCACGUGCAAAGCCGGCCAGCUCAGCGCGUCCACGCAGCUUGUGGUGCAGUUCCCCCCAACUAAUGUGACGAUCCUGGCCAAUGCGUCGGCGCUGCGCCCCGGGGAUGCCUUAAACUUGACGUGCGUCAGCGUUAGCAGCAAUCCUCCGGUCAACUUGUCGUGGGACAAGGAGGGGGAGAGGCUGGAGGGUGUGGCCGCCACGCCCCGGAGUGCUCCAUUCAAAGGCUCCGCCGCCGCUAGGAGCGUCCUUCUGAGAAUGUCAUCCCGCGACCACGGCCACCGCGUGACCUGCCGUGCCCACAGCACCGAGCUACGGGAAACCGUGAGCGCGUUCUACCGCCUCAACGUGCUGUACCCUCCAGAGUUCCUGGGUGAGCAGGUGCUUGUGGUGACCGCGGUGGAGCAGGGCGAGGCACUGCUGCCCGUGUCCGUGUCUGCCAACCCUGCCCCGGAGGCCUUCAACUGGACCUUCCGCGGCUACCGCCUCAGCCCAGCUGGCGGCCCCCGGCAUCGUAUCCUGUCUGGUGGAGCUCUGCAGCUAUGGAACGUGACCCGCGCUGACGAUGGCCUCUACCAGCUGCACUGCCAGAACUCAGAGGGCACCGCUGAAGCUCUCGUGAGGCUGGAUGUACACUAUGCUCCCAUCAUCCGAGCUCUCCAAGACCCCACUGAAGUGAAUAUUGGGGGCUCUGUGGACAUAGUCUGCACUGUUGACGCCAAUCCCAUCCUUCCUGAGAUGUUCAACUGGGAGAGGCUGGGAGAAGAGGAGGAGGACCAGAGCCUGGAUGACAUGGAGAAGAUAUCAAAGGGGUCCACAGGGCGUCUUCGGAUUCACCACGCCAAGUUGACCCAGGCUGGUGCUUACCAGUGCAUUGUGGACAAUGGGGUGGCACCUCCAGCCAGAGGGCUGGUCCGUCUUGUUGUCAGAUUUGCCCCCCACGUGGAGCAUCCCUCUCCUCUAACUAAAGUGGCUGCAGCUGGAGACAGCACUAGUUCUGCCACCCUCCACUGUCGUGCCCGAGGUGUCCCCAAUAUCGUCUUCACUUGGACCAAAAACGGGGUCCCUCUGGAUCUCCAGGAUCCCAGGUACACAGAGCACACAUACCACCAGAGUGGUGUCCACAGCAGCCUCCUGACCAUUGCCAACGUGUCCGCAGCCCAGGAUUAUGCCCUCUUCACGUGCACAGCCACCAACCCCCUCGGCUCGGACCACACCGAUAUUCAACUCGUCAGCAUCAGCCGCCCUGAUCCGCCAUUGGGAUUGAAGGUCGUGAGCAUGACCCCAUACUCGGUGGGGCUGGAGUGGAAGCCUGGCUUUGAUGGGGGCUUGCCACAAAGUUUCCAAAUCAGGUAUGAGGCUCUGGGGACUCCAGGGUUCCUCUACAUGAAUGUCCUACCACCCCAGGCCACCACCUUCACACUGACUGGGCUGCAGCCUUCUACACGGUACAGGCUCUGGUUGCUGGCCAGCAAUGCCCUGGGCGACAGCGGACUAGCUGACAAAGGGUCCCAGAUCUCAGUCACCACUCCAGGUCUAGACCAACCUUCUGGAGAACCUGACUACCAGCUGCCUACAGAGCAGCCUGCAGGACCCUCAAAGCUGCCCCUGCUGCCGGUGCUGUUUGCUGUUGGGGGUCUUCUGCUGCUUUCUAACGCCUCCUGUGUCGGGGGAUUCCUCUGGCAGCGGAGACUGAAGCGUCUUGCUGAGGGCAUCUCAGAGAAGACAGAGGCAGGGUCGGAGGAAGACCGAGUCAGGAAUGAAUACGAGGAGAGCCAGUGGACUGGAGACCGUGACACCCGAAGCUCCAUGGUUAGCACAACAGAUGUAGAGCCAUAUUACCACUCCAUGAGGGACUUCAGUCCCCAGCUGCCCCCCACGCUGGAGGAGGUGUCUUAUCCCCGAGGUCUCACAGGUCUUGAGGAGGAGAAUAUGACUUUUCCUGGGCACGUGUAUGAUGAGGUGGAAAGACUGUACGCUCCGUCUGGGGCCUGGGGACCCCUCUACGAUGAAGUACCGAUGGGCUCCUGUGACCUCUACUGGCCUGAAGACAGGUAUGAGGAUGCAAGAGGAAUCUAUGAUCAGGUGGCAGGAGAUUUGGACCCUAUGGAACCUGACGCUCUACCCUUUGAGCUCAGGGGACAGCUGGUGUGAGAGCCUUCUCAACACCCUUUUCCUACACCUGCAAGACAUAAUAUCCCAAUUGUCCUUUUUAUUCCAGCCUAGGCUGAGCUUGUUAAGUGAUCUCCAUUGGACACAAAGGGACUGGACUUUUUCAGAAAGGGAAGUGGAGGGGUGUAUGUAAGUGACAGAAGAUGGUUCAACCUGGUGUCAAAGUAUAAACAAGCCUCCUCCUGGGGUUGGAUUUAGAGUUCUCCAUAGGGACACAGUGAAUUGUAAAAGACAUCUCAAUAAUGAAAAGCUAGUCUGAGGGUUUUUAUGCUUUUUAAAGUAAACAUUUCAGAAGUGGGAAAAGGCAUGUUAAAAACUCAGUUCAUUUUGAGUUCAACUACAUCUGAAAUAGCUUGGUUUAUGCUUUUCCAUGGUUAUCUACAACACGAUGUAUAAACUGUGACACACAUGUAAACAUAAAUAGACUCUAUAGAAAAUAA